AUGGAGCACUACAGCCAAACCACCACCAGGCCUUAUGCCUCCAACAACACCCCUGUUGCCUCGCAGACGAGGCUGGAUGUUACUCAGCCAGAACAACAGCUUCCAUCUAUCCGCGAGGUCAUCCCUCCACCGCGCGCAAACACUCUCGAAUCAAAUGUACAAGGGAUACCAUCAACUACAAGAACUAUGAUGGUGCCAUAUUUGAGCUCGCAACCUACAACCAGCAUGAAUGUGGCGUCUAUACCAGCUCCAGUGCAGCCGCAAACUAGCCCAAUGGCGUUCCCAGCAGAUGCUGCAAGCCAGAUACAGGUGAAUGGACUGGGGUCGUCUCAUCAACUACAAACUCCAACCAGGACACCAGCAGAAUACAGCUCACCAUGGUCCUCUUCAUCUUCAUUCACCGACGCUGCCGUAUCAAUGAAUACUCAACCUGCACUAUCAACGCAAUCGCAGUCAUUCGCGGGAAUGAGUCAGCCUAUGAUCCCGUCAGAUACUCCAGACUACGCAUCAACAUAUUCUCUGGGAAGACAAGUCCCGACCGGGAAUGACAGUCCGGAUUCUUUCUCCCGAUGGAGAACCCCACAAGUCGGUUCAACGCAAAGAUAUAACCCAUACCUAAUGUCCGAGAGAUCGUACAACCCAUCUCUCGACUACGGACGGUAUGGUCAGUCUUUUGAUCAAUACCGGAGCCCCCUGGGAUAUGAUGGCGGCUACCGAUCACUUGACACCUCCCCCUAUCAUAUGAAGUAUAGCCAGUUGUUGUCAUAUCCUAUCAUGGGAUAUAGCUCCCACGCCAAUGGUCGACGACGCAGAGGAAACUUGCCGAAGCCCAUCACUGAUAUUCUUCGGCGUUGGUUGCAAGAGCAUUUGGAUCACCCGUACCCGACUGACGAGCAAAAACAAAUCUUUAUCCAACGCACCGGAUUGACUAUCAGUCAGAUUAGCAACUGGUUUAUCAACGCUCGUCGCCGGCAACUUCCGGCACUUAAACUGAAAAGGGCGAAAGCCCUCCAGAGCCGGGCAUGA